CCACACGGAGAGGCGUAACCAUACUAGUGGGCGUAACCAGACGGAGAGGCUGCACACUGCAGGCAGAUACAAUUGCCGAUACCCGAUCACAAACUCCUCGUCGCAAACUGCGCAAGACUCUUCGUUCUGUACUUUCCUUGCUGGGGAACAACAACGAUGGCGAACGAGGCGAGACCAUGUCCCUGCGAUAUUGGGGAUCGAAUGGAGUAUGGGGGUCUCGGCCAGGAGGUCCAGAUCGAGCACUUCAAAGCAUAUUUAGUGAAGCCAAAGACAGCAUCUGACAAGGCCAUAAUUGUCAUCCAAGACAUAUUUGGGUGGCAGCUUCCUAACACCAGAUACAUAGCUGAUAUGCUGGCUGCCAAUGGAUACAUGGCUGUUUGCCCAGAUUUCUUCCUCGGAAAGGAGCCGUGGAGCCCAACACAUGACUGGUCCACAUUUACGGCAUGGCUCGAAGACAAAAAGCCGACCAACAUCAACAAAGAGGUGGAACCACUGUUGAGGUUCUUGAAGGAGCAAUGUGGUGCCAAACGCAUAGGCGUGGUAGGAUUCUGUUGGGGAGGGAUUGCCACACAUUAUCUGGCCCUGAACAACUCUGAGGUGAAAGCUGGAGUGUCAUUUUAUGGGAUCAUCCGUGAAGGAGAAGACAAGUAUGAUCUUAAGAGCCCGACUCUUUUUAUCUUUGGAGAGAAUGACAAUUUAAUCCCACUGGAUCAGGUGAGUGGUCUUGAAGCAAAGCUGAAGGAGAAAUGCACCAAGGAUUACCAGGUGAAGAUUUUUCCCGGGCAAAAUCAUGGGUUCGCCAACCGAAAGAGAGAGGACAUCAACCCGACAGACGAGCCGGGAAUUCGGGAAGCCAGAGCUGACAUGAUCAACUGGCUGAUCAAAACAAAUGAAAAAUCAGCAUAUGGAACUAACCAUACACUUUUUUUUAUAGCCAAUCAGAAGCCUUAAGAAUGUAACUUGAAAAUUUCGAAAAUCGUUGCAGUUUGAACGUGGACGAAAGGCUUAAAAAGCACAGAAAUAAAAAAACCUUUAAAAAAUA